AUGGAUAGCCCAAAUAACUUGAAGCCAACAUCACCGAGUUUUGGUCAGGUAUAUAACAACUCCACCAAUGAUGCCAAUGUAUCUCAUUCAUCUCAACCUGGUGAAAAGACCACCGACUUAAUUUUCCAAACAAGUCUAGCUGUCAUUCUUUGCAUUAUAACUUUGGCAACAACAUUAUCAAAUGCUUUUGUCAUUGCAACUAUUUCGCAGUCACGGAAGCUGCAUACCCCGGCAAACUUUCUUAUAGCAUCUUUAGCGGUGACGGACCUUUUGGUAUCCAUCCUGGUGAUGCCCAUUUGCGUGCUGUACACAGUAAGUCAUAUAUGGACUCUUGGUCAAAUUAUUUGCGACAUUUGGUUGUCUUCGGACAUAACAUGCUGCACGGCGUCUAUACUGCAUUUGUGCGUAAUAGCCCUGGAUCGUUAUUGGGCUAUAACGGACGCGGUUGGGUACGCCAAAAGGCGCACACCGGCGAGGGCAGCGGGUAUGAUCGCCACAGCUUGGGUCAUUGCUGUGUCCAUCUCUCUACCUCCACUGUUCUGGCGCCAAGAAGUAAAAGCUGAAAAUGUGACUAGUUGUUCUGUGAAUACCGAUCACAUAUUCUACACGAUUUACUCUACGUUCGGAGCGUUCUACAUCCCAACUUUGCUGCUUAUCGUUCUUUACGGGAGGAUAUAUGUUGAAGCCCGAAAGAGAAUUCUGAAACAGUCACCGAAAGUUGGCAAAAGGCUCACGUCUGCACAGCUGGUCAGUAAUUCGCCUGGAUCUGUUGCUUCGACUAGUCCCUUGCACUUUGGACGAAAAGACUAUGGGUUAAAUGAUACGAAUGUGCACCAAGUUCAGGUGACUCUGUCGGACGGACUACUGGAGAAAAAGAGAAUCUCCGCUGCUAGAGAGCGGAAAGCGACCAGAACCUUGGGUAUAAUUUUAGGAGCUUACAUAGUAUGUUGGUUGCCGUUUUUCAUCUAUACACUGCUGGUGCCACUAUGUUCGUCAUGCUUUCAUCAAGAGUUAUUUGAUUUUUUCACAUGGCUUGGCUACCUCAACUCGUUGAUAAAUCCAAUAAUCUACACCAUGUCCAACGAGGAUUUCAAAAAGGCUUUCCACAAACUCCUGCGAUUUAGAUGUUGUGUAUCUUAAACAAUGUAAAAUACUCAACUAAAAUCAUUUAAAGCAAUGUUAAAUGAAAAAUGGCAAUGAAUGAAAGUCAA